AAAAGACAAUGUUUGAGGAACUUGAAUCUUCCUUAAACUUCUCUAACCUUCUUGAGUUGUCCCUUGUCCACUCUAAAACUAAUCUACUUUCCAUGAAUUCAUCAUCAUCAUCAGCAUCAUCAUUUCUCUAAUUCCAAAAAAAGAAAAAUACAUUUCCAAUGGCAACACUUUCUCCAUUUUCUUACUCUCCUUUCAACACAACCAAUUCCAAAACAAUCAUCACAAAUAACAAAAACUUCAAUUCUUUUCUUUCUUUACACUCCAAGAAAACAAAAACCACAUCUUCCUUCAAAUUAUUUUCAUCUCUCAAAGACGAAAAUGAAACCAAUUCAUCACCAGUUUCUAUUGCACCUAAGAAACAAGACAACAUAAGCACCACCAACAACAACAAUGAUGGCAAUAAUGAUGUUGGCAGAGAAACAAACGAGGAUGAGAAAGAACAACAGGAAAUGGAUUGGAAAACGGAUGAAGAGUUUAAGAAGUUUAUGGGGAAUCCAUCAAUUGAAGCUGCUAUUAAGCUGGAGAAGAAAAGGACUGAUAGGAAAUUAAAGGAGCUUGAUACAGAGAGUACUAAGAAUAAUCCAAUUGUGGCUGUUUUUAAUAACUUGGUUCGCCGUAAUUUGGUCAUAGAAAAAGAGAGGCUUCAAAAAGCUGAGGAAACUUUCAGAGCUCUUGAUCUCAACAAGCUGAAGAGUUGUUUUGGGUUUGACACAUUUUUUGCAACGGAUGUUCGAAGAUUUGGUGACGGAGGCAUUUUCAUUGGGAAUUUAAGGAGACCAAUUGAUGAGGUCAUUCCCAAGUUAGAGAAGAAACUCUCUGAUGAAGCAGGUCGAGAAGUUGUCUUAUGGUUUAUGGAAGAACAAAAAGAUGAUAUUACCAAACAGGUUUGUAUGGUGCAACCGAAAGCAGAAAUGGAUCUCCAAUUUGAGUCAACUAAUCUGAGCAAUCCCUUUGGCUAUCUAAGUGCAAUUGCAUUAGCAGUUACUACUUUUGGAACAGUUGCUUUGAUGAGUGGCUUCUUCCUUAAACCUGAUGCUACGUUUGAUGAUUAUCUUGCUAAUGUUGUGCCACUAUUUGGUGGUUUCGUAUCGAUUCUUGGAGUUUCUGAGAUAGCUACCAGGGUAACAGCUGCUCGUUAUGGUGUUAAACUCAGCCCUUCGUUCUUGGUACCGUCCAAUUGGACAGGAUGCUUAGGAGUGAUGAAUAACUAUGAAUCUCUUCUCCCAAACAAGAAAGCUCUUUUUGAUAUUCCUGUUGCGCGUACUGCUAGUGCAUAUUUGACUUCAUUAGUUCUUGCCGUUGCUGCAUUUGUGGCUGAUGGAAGCUUCAAUGGUGGCGAUAAUGCAUUGUACAUAAGGCCUCAAUUUUUCUAUAACAACCCUUUGCUUUCUUUUAUUCAAUUAGUUAUUGGUCCUUACACUGACGACCUAGGAAAUGUGUUGCCCUAUGCCGUUGAAGGUGUUGGAGUUCCUGUUGAUCCACUUGCAUUUGCUGGUCUUUUAGGGAUGGUGGUGACUUCUUUGAACUUGUUACCAUGUGGAAGACUUGAAGGAGGGCGAAUUGCGCAAGCCAUGUUUGGUCGAAGCACGGCUACAUUGUUAUCUUUUGGUACAUCAUUAUUGCUUGGCAUUGGUGGUCUUAGUGGUAGUGUUUUAUGUUUGGCAUGGGGAUUGUUUGCAACUUUCUUUAGGGGAGGAGAAGAAAUACCUGCAAGAGAUGAAAUCACUCCUCUAGGGGAAAGUAGAUAUGCUUGGGGUAUUGUACUUGGCCUUAUAUGUUUUCUCACCCUUUUCCCUAAUAUUGGAGGGACAUUCUCCAAUUCAUUUCUAAGUGAUCCUUUUUUUAGGGGAUAAAAUGUAAAUUUUUUGUAUAGCAGUAUAUAUCUUGUAAUUAUGCAUGUAUAACACAAACUACUUCCUCUCCUAAAA